AAGGGAACAGGAAGACAUCUGACAGUUCACUAGCUAGAAGGAAGCUAACUUAGUCUAAAGUCUUCUAGAUACUAAUCGAAGUUAGUUUAAACGUAAUGUUUUAAAUCUGCUCUUGGUAUGAUGUUUGAGGCCAGGAUUGGAAUCAAGGACUACAUUCUGAACUAACAUCUGUCUGAUUUGGCAGGACUCAGUCUGAUGAGGGGACACCUACAGCUGGCAGGAUGCAGCAGAAAAGGAACAUCCAGAUCAUUGAGUGGGAGGACCUUGACAAGAGGAAGUUCUACUCUUUUGGGGUGUUCAUGACAAUGACCAUCCGUGCCACUGUUUACCCGGCAACACUUAUCCGCACUCGGCUGCAGGUGCAGAGGGGCAAAUCACUCUACAACGGCACUUUUGAUGCUUUCUUCAAAAUCCUACGUGCAGAAGGCAUCCGGGGCCUGUACCGUGGCUUCAUGGUCAACUCUUUUACGCUCAUCUCAGGCCAGGCUUACAUAACCACCUACGAGCUGGUGAGGAAGUAUGUGUCCCAGUAUACCAAGGACAAUACAGUUAAGUCACUAGUGGCAGGGGGCUCAGCCUCCUUGGUAGCUCAGAGCAUCACCGUUCCCAUAGAUGUUGUCUCUCAGCAGCUGAUGAUGCAAGGCCAAGGAGAGCACCUCACACGCUUUAGACUCAGUUCUGACACAGACACCACAAAGCCGAAAAAGGUGUUUGGCCAAACCAGAAACAUUUUGGCUCAGAUUUUUGCUGCUGAUGGUUUCCGGGGUUUCUACAGAGGAUAUUUUGCUUCUUUACUCACCUACAUCCCAAACAGCGCCGUCUGGUGGCCUUUCUAUCAUUUUUAUGCUGAGCAACUCUCGAUACUGGCUCCCAGUGACUGCCCUCAUCUGAUUCUCCAAGGCAUGGCUGGACCUUUGGCUGCAGCUACUGCCUCCACAGUAACAAACCCAAUGGAUGUGGUUAGAGCCAGAAUACAGGUUGAAGGCAGGACCUCAGUCAUGGAGACUUUCAGGCAGCUGAUCAAAGAGGAGGGCUUCUGGGGAUUGACCAAAGGACUGUCGGCACGUAUCAUAUCAUCCACACCCACUGCUAUCGUCAUGGUUGUUGGUUACGAGGCGCUAAAAAAACUGAGUUUGCGACCAGAGCUGGUGGACUCGAGACACUGGUAAAAGAUACGACACAUGGACCACAUGUAAUCUUAGCCCUUGUUUUUAGUGUCAAAUAACUAAUCAAAACAUAACUUGGCAGAAACAUGAGCACGGGGGUUGAAAUAUAUUGAUGCCAUUCAUAUAUUCAUGUUAAUAUUGAUAUGCAUUUUUAUGUCAUUAAAAAAUAAUGACACAUUUGGUUAUAAACUAUAUAGCUAGGACACAGGCGCUGAGUUUGUGUCACUUGGGUAAAUGAGGCAGAAAUGGACCAACAGCUCCAGUUUCUUUGAGCAAAACCUCUACUUUUCUUUCUUUGUUGUGUACUUUGUUAUAGAGGAGAGAAAGGUUCACAAAGUGAUACAAACUUCAGUUUCCUGUUUUAUUAGAGCAACAAAAGGUUUCACAAAAGUUCACACUACUCUGCUGUGUAAGAUUUAUUGUGAUAUGAUUUUAUCUAAUUAUUUGUCUUGGUGAAUGAUCUAUUUUAUUUAAAGCUUACAUUGCCCCUCCCUGAGGAACACUUGAACAUAUAUCAGUUUCUUAAGAUUUAACUGGCAUGACAGACCAUGUGUGGGGAAAAAAAGAAAAAAAGA